AUGGACGUAGCAAACCCUCACAUUCUGUAUCUACCUCCUGACGACUUUACAAACUUUUGGUUUUAUGCCGUAUUGGUAGCAAUGACAAUUUUCUCCUACUUCGUCAUACGAGGGAUAAAGGAAAUCUGCUGUGAAACAAUAACUCCAAAUUUAUAUCGUGUCCAUCCGUCGCAUAAGGCAACUAGUGUGUACUCUGGUGAGAACGACACAAGAAGUGGUUUGCAUUCACGAGUGACUGUUUUCUACUGA